AUGUCCAAGCCGCCUACGACGAUGACAACAACGCCGCGAGGACGUCGUGGUCAGGCAGCGAAUAGAAAUCAUUCGCAUCCGCCACCGCCACCGCAUCCUCAUGCCUUGGCCGCAAUGGCUGCCUAUCAACAACAACAACAACAACAGCGAAUGCCUCGUCUACCAUGGCCACCGUCCGUGCCUGGUGCUGGUGUAAUGCUGCCACCGCCGCCCAAUCACAACAGCAACAACAACAAUCUCCUCCAGCAGCAGCAGCACCAGCAGCGUGCAACGGCACCGCCCCCUCCACUUUUACCAGGUGCCUAUGGUCAGUCUCCAGCAUCAUAUUUCCAUCAUGCCGGAGUACUGGCUCCACCACCACCGCCGCGCUUCGCUGCCCCAUUAACGCCACCCACGGGCGUUCCGUCCUCCUCGUUUGACUUCUUCAAUGCCAAAAUGUUGCUCAACUAG